AUGCUCUUAACGGCUACGGUUGGUCUCGCUUCAAACGUUAACAGUGGAGUAAAAGUCAAUACAGUUAUCAUUGACGAUAGUCAUUUGCUGAUUAUUGGCGGAUGCGGUGGUGCAAAUUUGAUCUUCAGCGAUAUAUGGCUUCUGUCGAUGUUACCGAACAGCACGUGGUUAUGGGAGGAGGUGACGGUGAUCAACGCGAGUGCCAGUGCUCCACAGCUGUGGUCUCAUCCAGCAUGCAAAGUCGGCGACAACGUGGUCGUGGUUAGCAAGGCGCAAUCGAUGUCAGUGGACACGGUCGAACGACAUCGUUCGAUGAGCAGCAGCACGCACCUUGGCGAACGUCGCCUGCAUAACUGGGUGCCUCCUCAGGGCAACCUGAUUCCACCGCGCAGGAAGCUGAUAAUCUCGCGCUCGUUUGAGGACAGGCAAGAUGAAACCAGUUCUUCAGGAUCGGAUGUCGAAGGCUCUUGCAAUCUCUAUCGAACGCAGAGUUUUCCAGCGGUUUUAAGUGACGCAAUCCCUAAAAUCGUCGUCAUCGCCGAUACGAACCGCACUAAAGCUGAAUUUCAAACCAGUAAUAAUGAGAUACCAAAGCUUCAGCUUUACGAUGAUGCCCGUGCGAAGGCCACAUCAAUUGUCAACGGAAGAAGCGUUCUUCCAGACAUGCCGGGCACUUCUUGGCAGGGUUACCCUCUUUCACGGACCGCACCAUUGAAUGCAAUCCGUGACGACGGCUUGGUGAAGGUCAAGCAUAUGGAGAGGCACAAAAACAGACAAAAGCAGCUGGAUGCACUCAGGCGCAUGGAACUGUACAUCAGAGCUCGUCUGGCUGAGCAGGAAAGCGAAAAGGCGGUGGUAGCGGAUGCAGCUGCAACUGUGACAUCGUCGUUUGGUUUUCGACCAAAUUGUUCGUCGUCGAAGUCAUCGUCCGACUUUUUGCCGACUCGGCGUGCGUCAUCGAUGACCUCUCGAAAUCCAAUGAGCGUAUACUUUCUGGACAUCGGUCGAGUGUUGAGCGACAAACAGGCGACGUGGAGUUGCUUACCCGGCGACUCCGUGACUCCGCAAGAUACGCUGUUGUAUUCGCUGGUUAAAGGCCGCGGCGAGUUGAUCAUGUUUGGCGGCAUGAGGACUCAGCUGGAGAGCGAUGGCCAAUUGCUGGACAUGACCCCGUCCUAUUAUCAUACGAUAACUAACGACUUGUACCUUCUGAAGCCGGUGAUAAAGCUUUAG